AUGUUCUCCUAUGACGACCAAUGUUUCUUCCUUCGUAUCUUGGAAUGCAAGAAGUGUCAAUUGAGGCGCCUCUAUCAUAAACUUGCAGCCAAAGAACUUGCUUCUAGAAAUGCCGCUGAGUUAAUCUCCGAACCCAUUAAAAUUAAACGCCAUUUUCAUAGUAUUACCCGACUACUCCGAGUGAUCAAUUCUAUCGACCAGCAAAUCAAAAACACCAAAUCACGUUAUGAACAACUUCAAAUCAGGAAAAUGGUUUGCAACGAGCACGUGAUAGACGUCUAUGAGUUUGUUAUUCGUGCGGCGGAUGAUAAUGUUCACCAUCUCCAUCUCUCUGGUAUAGGUUCUUCACCUCCCGCAAAAUGGGUCAAAGAAAUUAUUCCUCCCGGUCAAACAGAACUCUACUUCGUUGGCAGUGGUUGGAAGAGACGAGAUUUCCAAACCUCCAUUCUUUGCGAUAUUGUCAACAAAUCAAUGACUCUCUCCCCAGAGAAGAAACAAAGCAAAGCCAUCCGGGAUGCAAAUAGAAGGUGGGCGAAAGGUUAUAGUAAUGUUGAGAGUGCAAAAGUGGAACAGAAGGAGGAAGGAAAGAGUGUACGGUUUGCUCGAGGCAAUGGUCUUGUGACAGAACAUCGGCUGAUAUAUCAUGCUGGAGCGGCUAAAAUUCUUCGAAAGGAUAAAACAUGGGUACUUGAAUCACUGCAUCGCCAGCUAAUGGGGGAUGAAACAGAGGAACCCAAGAAAUUGGGUGAAUCUAAUAACAGGAGAGUUGCCAAGACUUCAGUCCAGCCAGAAGAGGAUAAAGGGGAAGACGGAGAGGGAAAUGUCGAAGAGAAGGAGAACUUUGAAUCCAUUUCUUUUGAAAAUGAAGUUGCUUCGAUCAUCUCCAGCGCCAAUUAUUAUGCCAAUGAUAAUUCUUCAGAAGAAAAAAGUUCAGGAAGUCAAAAAGAGGAUUCAGAGGAAGACUCUGAUGAUGACUUUGCAGACUUUUAA